AUGAAAGCAAUUACACUUGAACAAAGAGCUCGUAUUUACACUCUUAUUCAAGAAGGAUACUCUAGUCAUGAGAUUGCAUUUCGCGAAAAAAUUAGUCAUUCCACUGUUGUAAGAAUAAAACAAAGAAAGGAAAAAACAGGAAGAACUUCUAGUAAACCUCUACCAAAUGGAUAUUGUGCUCAUCAGAUGCCUGAAAUGGUGGAGAUUUGGAUUGAUGAAUUAAAAAAUGCUUCACAGAGUCCUAGUGAAAUUUUUAUAGAGGAAUUGCAGACAGCCCAUGACCUUUUAAAUGAGCAAGAAUUUCUAAAUUUGGCAGAUAAAGUACAAUUCGGUAUUGAAAAAGCUUUUGAAGCAUUCAAAAAGUGGAUGAUUGCUUGUACUCACCUUCCAUUUUGUAUAUGUAGUCUUGGAGGAGAGAGUGGCCCUGAAUUUGCUCAAGCUGUUAACCAUAUA